AUGUCAAGGCCAAAAAGACCCAAUUUUGAGCACAGCAAGACUCUCCCGGCCUCUGUAUAUACGCAACUGUCCCAACUAUUCGGCCCCACGUCAAAUAUUUUGCAUGGUGGCAGUAUACGACAACAAAGCUAUGAUCUCAGCUCACAACAUCCCUCGAAACGGCAAUUGGUGCGUCACCAGAGGUCCAAGCUAGAUCUCAUUGAUGAUACCAAACUCACAUCGCUUCCAUUACCUCCGCCUCCAGCGGCUCCCAGGAAUCGGAGAAAGAUUUUGGGUCAGGUGUCUCCAACGAACGUGUACAAUCCUGCUCUGGACCCUUUGAAUCUACUGGGGCAUUUUUGCGAGUCCAAACUUGAUACUGGAGACCUUAUAGCGGAUAUUUCGCAGUGUAGUGAGAACCUAGACGAUGAGUGUCCGGAUCCGAUUAUUCUUGUAGAAGACUACCUAAGUAGUGAACCUGUUGAGCAGGAUCGGCCCAUGGCACUUUUCCGGAAGGAAUCAUUGGCUAAUUUCAAGCGCAAGAUUGCCAAAAAGCGCAGUGAAAUAAGUGCGUUUUCGAAUAAUGCGCCCAAGAGCGCCUUGGAGACAUCAAAAUCGGCUGAUUGUCAUUCAAAUCACCAACGAGAGGAUCUAGAAGCCAUCUUUGGAGAGAUUCCAGGCUCCGAGAAGCUCAAGUACUGUACUUUGUGUGAUAAGCCAUUGUAUGAGAUUAGCUCUAUCCUCACCAAUGCGUCUACUAUUAGACAUGGGCACGAGCACGAAACAAAUAGUAGAAUGGACUUGUACAAAGAAUUAGUUUGCUCGGAUUGCAUAAAGAAUUACGAGCGAAUUCUAAACGAGGUGAAUGACAAUUUCCACAAUCUCGAAAGCAUCGGCGAUAACACCUUGAUGUCAAAAGAAUCGCCAAUUGCCAAGAGAGAUGUUUUGAGCAUAUUGCACAAACUCCAGGAUAUGAAUAAAACUGAGCUGGCAGAGAUUCCAAAACACAAGAAGCGCAAGAGCGCUCACUUCUCCAAAGACCUCCUUGAGCGUCUCCAUAACUUGAGCAAUCUGUCCGACCAAGGUAAGAAGCGUGAGGACUGGUUUCCUAAAAUAAGAAGCAAGGUUAAUUGGGGAAAUUUGCAGCGGCUCUUGUUUCAUGAUGAGGAUGUAUAA